UUCCGAGUACGUCUAACGUUAGUGUUUCCGUUGUCCCCCCCCCUCCGUUUCAUAGACGUUCGCAUGACGCAUGCGCAGCCCGGGAAGUUCUUUCUGGUUCUAAGGUUUGGUCCACGCGGGUUCUUUGCUAAGGUAGUUGGCAGCGGCUGCUAUGCUCUUCUAUUCGUUCUUCAAGUCCCUGGUAGGGAAGGAUGUGGUGGUUGAGCUGAAGAAUGACCUGAGUAUAUGUGGGACAUUGCACUCUGUGGAUCAGUACCUGAAUAUCAAGCUCACAGACAUCAGCGUGACGGACCCAGAGAAAUACCCUCACAUGUUGUCCGUCAAGAACUGUUUCAUCCGUGGCUCCGUCGUCCGCUAUGUCCAGCUUCCAGCCGACGAGGUUGAUACACAGCUGCUGCAGGAUGCUGCGCGCAAGGAAGCCCUUCAGCAGAAGCAGUGAUGGCACCUCCAACUUCAAUUUUUUCUGCGCUGCCUGAUUUUCCUGGGAAAGAGUUGAAGGAUGUGGGAAAACUAUACCACUUUUUAAAAAAUGGUGGGAGCCACCAAUAUUCUGGGUGCACUCAUCUAUCCUAAUUAGACAGCUGUUGGGUGAGAGAAUGUGUGUAUGCUAUUGUUGGUGCCCCAGUCUGGAGGAUCCAGAUGCAAAGUCAUGAGAAGGCCCAUUGAAUUCAAGGGGACUUUAGUCAUGAUUAAUUUAAGUCCCAUUAAUUUUUAUGGGUCUGCUCCAAGUUGGAUUAAGUCUGGCUCCAACCUUGUGCCCUCUGCUGGAAGCAACAAACCUGAUUCCCUUUGUUAAUUUUAAGGAGGGUGUUUAUACACUCCUAUUCUGUUCCUGUUAGGCACAUGGGGCCCCCUUGCAUACUAAUGGCAGUGAUUUAAAAAAAAUAAACAGCUUUCGAGCCAGUAGUACAGUUAUGGCUUCCCAAGCAUCUUGGCCCUUCACUUGCAGCAUUUCAUUUCCUGAAUCUGUGGCACUGUUUAGCGGUGAGAAAAAUAUCCCUCUUGGUAGAGGGCAAAUAUCCCAUAAUAUGCCCAUUUCUCCUGCCCAGUGCAACUAGGUGAUGCUGGUGGGGAUCUGUGCUUCCUUCAUUUAUUCUCCUACAAAUUGCUAUUUUGUUGGUAUUCCAGCUGGUGCAGAAAGGACCUAGGAAGCUCCCAAGAGCCUGAAGUGCCGCUUUAACUUCGGGUCCACCUAGGCUCACCUAGUAAUACUGAGGGUUUCAAAUUCAAAUUACUGUGCUCCCUUUGGCCAGCAGAGGGUGAUAUACAGCCAGCUCCUUUUCCUUUUUAAGCACAGUUUGCGUUUAGCCUGUUAACAGUGAAGAUGGGAACUAUCCAACUCUUGUGUUUUCUUGUAUUUUGUUUUCCUAGUGACUUUUAUGGGGUGUUGUUUUUUUUUAAAGGGCUUUUUGAAAAUAGAAAUUGUACAUAAUAUGAAAUCUGUGGAAGAAUAAAGGAUACAGUUUGAAAGAU